AUGUUCUUUCAGAUGUCCAGACGGGGUAUCAGAUUUGCUCAGCACUAUGUGGAAUGUAAACAAUGUAAGGGGAAUGCCGAGUACUACUGCUACACCUGUACUAACCGUUUGUGUCAGGUAUGCCGGGACAGACACGCUAAAAACACCACCACCAAAGCUCACACCAUAGUCCCGUACCUCAGUCGAAAGAUCACGCCAAAUGAGACAUGCCGAUUACAUCCUGGAUUCCCUUUUGAUAUUGCUUGUCAGGAUUGUCAUCGUCCUAUCUGUAUCAGAUGUAUGCAAAAAUACCAUGAAGGACACACCUUCAAAAGCAUCGAAGACGUGUUGCAAGAAAAAGAUGAUCGAUGUAAAGAAAAAAUUAAAAAGAUCAACAAAACGAUUCUCCCCCAUUGGCACGAACGUCUGAGCCAACUUUUUUAUCAUAGAAGGAAAUCUAAAAGCAGGAUCAACGAAAUCAAGAUACAGCUUUAUAAAGAUGUAAAGAAGCUAAAACUUUUAGCUGAGGCCAUUCUGGUGGAAAAAAUAAAAGAAAUCGAGAUUGAAGAAAACUGGCUAAAGAAGGAGUUGGAUAGCCUGACAAAUGUAACAUUAAAUACUAUCAGCAAAUACGAAAACCUCAUUACUGAAUAUGAAAAUGAACACAGAUCUUAUGAAAAACUAAGGCUGCAAAAAGAUAUUCUUCAGUCCGAUUCCUCGGAACCAACAUUUCGAAUACCCAGUGCUCCAAGUUAUAGGAAUGAAAAGAUCAGAAGAGAAGAAAUCUCGAAGCUCUUUAGUAAUCUAAUAUUAACAACAAGAACUUUAGAAACCAGACCUCCAAUCAAAUGCCACGAAUUUAAAUUGCCUUUUAAUUUGUCGAAGCAUAUUUCAAAUGUUCCUCCUGAAAAAUUCUGGAUUGGAAACAAUGAUGGUCAGAUAAUUCUCAUAAAUAAAACAGGAAAACAGUUAGAUGAAAUCAAAACCAAUGGAUUUGAUCUGUUGGGAUAUCAUACGGUAACUCUUAGCGGGGAGCUGCUGUUCAUUGAAGAAUUAGAAAACUGCGUCAAGAAGUACACAUCAGGUAGGAGGCCCACUACCAUUAUCAAUACAGGAGACUGGAAGCCAGGAUGUAUCUACUCCUCCCACAGGAGCGGUGACAUACUGGCUGGAAUGAAGAAUUACAAAUUACAACAUGAUCCAUCCAAAGUAGUCCGUUACAACAAAAACGGACUUGAGCUAUGGCAGAGUCAGUGCGAUGACAAGGGUCAGCCUCUGUAUCGAUAUCCUAUCUAUAUAACAGAGAAUGUGAACGGAGACAUCUGCAUAUCAGAUUAUGACGCUGUGGUGGUACUCAAUAAUUUAGGAAAACACCGGUUCUCUUACAGAGGAAGCCAGGAUGGGUCGAAAUUUAGGCCAUUCAGCAUCUGUGCCGACAUCUUGGGGCGGAUCUUAGUGAUUGAUGGAAAAGCCAAUAUCCAGAUGAUUGAUCAGAAUGGUAAAUUUCUUACAGUCUUGUCGAGAAAUGAUCACAGUAUUCCGUACAAUCUUGGUUUGUGCAACGAUAAAGAAAACAAUCUUUGGAUGUGUGAUGGAAACACCGUAAAGAUGUAUAAGUAUUUAUGGUAA